ACGCGCGGCGCCGAGCGCCCCAAGAUGGCGGCGCCGCAGCGGGCGGAGGGGCGCGGAGCGGGCGGGACGCGGGGGGAGCCGUCCCUGCGCCUGUCCAGCGAGCGCUACCUGCGGGCACAGCCGGCCGUGGGGGUGCUGCUGCGCGGCUUCCUCAGGGCGGUGAUGCUGCGCCGGCCCCACGACGUCCUCGAGUUCGCCGCAGGGUACUUCACCGACCCGGAGCUGCCUGCGAGGGUCCGCGAGGAGCUGGAGGCCGUGGGGCCGCGCUGACGGGGGCACCGGGGGGGCCACGGGCAAUAAA